GAUAAUUGCCAGAGUGCACAUGAACACAAAGCUUUUUAGAUUUUUAUUCAUAAAUUUUUCGAAACGACUCAUUUUGCAAUUUUGUUAUCUUUCUACAAGUAGACAUGGAUCAACCUACUUAUACGUCCGCAUAUGUUUAUGCAGCAUGAAACAUAAAGAAAACUUGUCUCGUGACUCAUGAGUUUUUUGAGAGCGGCCUACCAUUAUAAAUGCAAAUGUGACCUUUACCCAAAGCAGAUCGAGCUUUCUCCCGCUCCGCUCGUUGCCGGAGGCUUAAGUGAAACACAGCUGUUCCAUGUAAACAGAGAUGUCUGUCACUGGAAAGUCAAUAUCAGAAGCUGUGUCAUCUGAAGAAAAGCCCUUCUGUCUGCGUGUCACCAAAUCUGCUGAUAAAUGGGCUGGUGAAUAAAAAGGAAAUUACAAUAAUUGGGGAAGCAUAGUGAGAGGAAAUGGGACAAAGAGCCAGACAAAAGAAUCAAAGACUGGCAGAUAAAUAGAACAGAAAAGCGGAAAAUAAGAGAGCAAUCAAGUUUUCACCAACAAAGGCGAACUCUCAAGUUGACUCUUAUUGCUUUCCUUUUUGUGUUUUUGCCAUUUUUUUAUUCUAUCAGGUUACUAUGGCAGCGGGGUGAAUGCCAUCAUAGUCUUUGCCGCAUGCUUUCUGCCAGACAGUGCCCGAGAAGACUACCAUGACAUAAUGGAGAACCUCUUCCUCUAUGUGAUCAGCACGCUGGAGCUGAUGGUGGCAGAGGACUACAUGAUUGUUUAUCUGAACGGAGCCACGCCCCACAGGAGGAUGCCUGGUCUGGGUUGGCUGAAAAAGUGCUAUCAGAUGAUUGACAGAAGACUCAGGAAGAAUUUGAAAUCCUUCAUUAUCGUUCAUCCGUCAUGGUUCAUCAGGACUGUUCUGGCCAUCACCAAACCCUUCAUCAGCGCCAAGUUCAGCAGCAAGAUCAAGUAUGUGAGCAGUUUGGAUGAACUGCGGGAGCUAAUCCCAAUGGACAGCAUCCAGAUCCCAGAGUGCAUCAUUAAACUCGACAAGGAGCUGAAGGAAGCGGCGGAAAACUCCAAAAUAAACAGUUUCCUGCAGGGAACCGAGCCGACAGCAGCCAGCAGACCAGAACAAGACCAGUCCGGUGCCAGCAGCUCGUAAACCAGAGCAUCCUGAAUUGAUGGGACGCCUCAAAAGUAACUGCGAUGAACGAGUCAAGCUUGAAAAGUGCUGCUUGUGUGCGUGAGUGUGUGUGUGUCGGUGUUUUUCCUCUCAGACACUGGAGUUCAACUUAAACACAACCUGCUGUAGUUCCUGUUUAAACUCUGAUCAAUUUUAACUGUAGCAUCUGCUGCACUGUACGCCUUGCAGCUUAGAUAAACCCGUAGUCGAGUGUGCGCGACGCUCGCGAGCGUCAGCAGAGUAGCAUCGACGUCAACUUGGUGGUCAAAAUGGAAAUGCGACCACACACACACAACAGACGGCACACCUCAAGAAUUCAAUUUCAGAGACUGUGUUUUAUUUAUGUGCAUGAAAAGCAGCAAAGCAAUAAUACCACGCCUUUUUGUGGUUUCCCGGAUCUUUGGAAACGAGAGGCGACUUUUUGUGUCAGCUGUUUUACACGAAAAGGGACCAGAGGACGUCGGGGAAAAAAGAAGAAAAAAAAACCUUGUGCCAUAGUUUAUGACCGACUUGCAGUCGAGUCACUUAAUCUUGUAUCUUGUCCUGAAAGUGCGGAAUAAACAUAUAUAUAUAUAUAUAGAUAUAUAUAUAGAUAUUUAAACUUUAUAGUGUCAAUCUAAGAACCAAGCAGGGGUAAGUUCAAUAUAAAAAUCAAUCAAUCACAUUGUACUGUGGACACAAAUGUGUGUGUGUGUGCGUGUGAGUGUUUCAGCACUUGCUGGAUCCUCAGACAAAACCUCAAAUGACCUUAACGAUGGGAUGUCAGCGAAGCACAACGUCUCAUCAGUGUGUGUCCAUAUGCAUGUGUGUAUUUGUACAUCAGUGCAUGGUCCCCACGUCACAAAACUGGUGAUCUGAACUCAUGUGUCUUAAUGAUUGUGCAAAAAAAAAAAGAAGAAAUGCUGUCUAUUGAUUCAAUAAAAGUGAUUAAUAGCC